CUACACCGUGUCUACAUUUGCAAUGGCUGCACGAAAUAUAUUUAGAUAAUAGAUGCGUUGCAGCUAUCAUGGAGGGUUUCCUGCACCACAUGGCGCCUCAGUUCCUACAUCCAGCUCUGCAGAGUUUCGGAUGUGGGGCAUUUCGGCCCAUCGGUGGGGCAUUCCACCCGCUCUACCCGGGGAAGGCGUUUGCUAGACAUUUUGGCGAACAAUACGCCCUCGGCCAAACCGUCGGUCAAGCUCUAAGGAACGUUCGAGAAGACAACGGUACACCACCGUUGUACCGGUACGGGGUUCGUGAUGAUACCAGCUCGCCUGGCUCCGCCGCGUCUGCCUCGCCGCGACCCUGCAAGGAUGACGAGACACCCACGCCAGCCUGCUCCGACUCCCAUGAUCUGUUCUCACCGGACGGUGAGCGCAAGUCCUCAUGUGGAGUCUGCGGGGCGCGUCUCGGGCCAGGGGUCGCUCAGGCUCACUUCUUGCAAGAGCUGCAACACCUGUACAGCCUCACAGCGCUGCCAAGGGACGCCGCACCCGCGCAUUCCCUGCACCACCAGGACGAAGACGCUCGCUGGGAGACCUACCAGCGCAUCCGUGCGAACCGCCAGCGGCGUCUGAAGCUGCGCACGCGCAAACGGCACACGGUGGAGAGCAUGCUGGGUUACGAGGAGCCUCCGACCAGGACGUAUGACGCCGAAGACGAGCCCGUGGAUGUUGAGGGGGACUCCCUCGGCUGGCCGGAACCGGCUAUCACCGUUGACGCGGAGAAGGAUCAGCGCAGCGACAGCGAGAAGCUGCACCUGAGCUACACCGAGGACCUGGAGAUAUCCAGCACCAACGACGCCAUGCAGUCUCCAGAGCGCGUGAGCAGAAUUGAGACGCCCAAGCCGCUGGCUUUAGAGUGUACGAAGACGGAGAACAUCGAGCGUCCGGCCGAAGUGACGACGACGGAGUGGACCGGCGCCCCGGAGAAUUGGCCGACACUGGCCGACUACCAUGCCCGUCACAAGUUGGACGGGGAAAUGCCCUCCUCUACUGACACACGAAAUUAAGACAAGAUUUCUUUUAAACACCGUUAACCGCAUUCUUUGAAUUGUCUACAUUGUCCCGUUUAAGUGGAAAAUUCGGGUUUAGUAGGUUGAAAGAACUAAGAAAUUUGAGAAAAUCGGGGCUAAGUCUCUUUGUAGUCUCCACACUAAAAUAUAUACGCAUAUAUACCAAAGAUAGCAGCCAAAC